AUGACGCCGCAGCAGUAGAGCUCACAUGGAGUACAGCGGGUUAGAAAUGUAUUCACGAACAUGCUCGCGCCCCUCUCUUCCCCAGUCCACCCCUCGCACGCUAAGCUUGCUGCUGUGGUGCUGUGGGUCACUGCCGCCAUGCGACUUCCCCCUCCCCCUCCCACGUGCUUCUCAGUUUUCGCUUUGCUCACACUUUAGUCCUCCCUGCUGUUUUCCCGGUUGCUUCGGUUCUGUUGCUCACCUGAACAUGCUCGUUGCUUGCAUUCACGAUCUGCUCAGUUGCUUGUACCAACACCGCCCUUCACUAAGUGCCGCCUAUCCCCUUCCCCUUCCCUUGUGUCAGGGCGAAGCACAGAGGCAGUCAGAGCGUAGAGCUGAGCUGCAGUUACUGAAAUUCCUGCUGUGGGACGACCGCUGCUACUGGUGCACACUGCUGCCGAUGCAGAGAGCUUUGUUGUUAAUCACGGGCUGCCGAGGGAGGAGCCGAGGAAAGGACCUGCUGCCUAUUCUGCUGUGAAGGUGACGAUCGAGGCGACGUUUGCUGAUGGUCGCGACGGCGUUUCUUGACGGUGACAAUCGCAGCGGCGGCCUCUGAUGGUGACGACCAACACACCAAGACCGCGUUUUCUGAUGGUGACGGUCAAGUGUUCCGGCGUCUUGCUGCUGACGGUGGUGCCACCGCUGCUACUGCUGGCGGCGGUGGUGGCUCUGCUGAUGGUUCCGCUGAUUCCGGUUCCGCUGAUUCUUCUGCUGGCGGUGGUGUCGCUGCUGCGUCCACCUUGUGCUGCUGUUACUGCUGGCGGUGGUGGUUGUGCUGCUGCUGCAUCCGCUCCGAAUACCUACCUAAACGGCUAAGUGCUCUUACCCUUCUCCUCUUGAUGUUUAUUAUGCAAAUCUAUUUGAUUCAUUGGCUUAUGGCACUGCUGCGUGGGGCGCUGAGAGGUGGACAGGGGGUUGGAGUUGAGUGGUGAAGUGAGGGCGUGGCAGCCCAUGUCACUUGGCGGUCGCUUGCAUGGUCUAGGCGGGUAGUUUAGCAUGCAUUCAUUCCCAUGCGCGCGUCCCUCUCUCUCCUCUCGAACCUCCUCUUUCUCCUCUCAGUCCCCCUCGCAUGGCCGCCAAGUGCCCUGGGCUUGCCCGUGCCUCACGCUCCCUCCCCCUUGAAGCCUCGAAAGCUUCUAGGUUGCACUGGCUGUGUUUGUAAACCCCGUUUACGCUUCUUGCUUUCCAACUUCCGUUUUCAGUUGUCGAUUGUUGGGAAUAUCGCCACUACUGGACACCAACACUCGGUUUGAAUGAGUGCGCGCGCGAUAUCUCUGCAGGAAACUCUUUCGGCUGCUGCAAUGGCGCUUCUGCAGCAGCAACGCCUUGGAUGUCGCUCGUGGGAUGCCACACGGCAGAGGCGGUCACAGUGCUGUGUUGUGUCAUGACCGCCUCGUGAGUGCCCUGCUGACUACUGCAGUGGCUCCUGUUCGCGGCAGCACUGGCUCCUGUUGGUGACAACCCUGUGCUGUUGCGACUGACGGUGCUGACUACAGUGCUGCUGCUACAACCAUGAGCUGAUGCCUCUGCUGGUGGUGGCAACGCUGUUGCCGAUCCUACCAAUGCUAGCGAUGGUGCUGCAGAUGAUGCUGCCGAUGGUGCUGCCGAUGGUGCUGCUGCUGACGGUGCUGCUGAUGGUGCCGCCUAUUCUGCUGCUGGUGGUGGCGGCGCUGCUGCGGUGACUUUGUGGUGCUGGUACUGCUGGCGGUGGUGGUGGUGUCGCUUCUGCGUGCGCUCGGGAUACCUACUG